UAAAAAUCUCUCUCCCUCUCUCUCUGUUGGAGAGAAUUGAGCGCAACCCUAAGCUUAGAACUCAAAUCUCAACUAUGGCGGACCAUUCUUCCAAUCGCGAUACUGAUUCAGGGUUCGAUCAUAGCUCAUCCCAACCGCGUCUUUACAAUCCCUACAAGGAUCUCCAGGUUCCUUAUCGAAAUUUCCAGCUUCCAACCUCCCCGGAGUUUCUUUUCGAUGAAGAAGCUCGCCGCCAGCGUCGAUCUUGGGGCGAGAACCUCACCUUCUACACGGGUUGCGGUUACCUCGCUGGUGCAGUCGGCGGCGCGUCUACGGGCUUCGUCUCCGGCGUCAAGUCUUUUGAAUCAGGUGAUACGAUGAAACUACGGAUCAAUCGGAUCUUGAACUCGUCUGGUCAUUCAGGGCGUCUCUGGGGGAAUCGUCUGGGCGUGAUUGGGCUGCUAUAUGCUGGUUUGGAGAGCGGGUUUGAAGCUGUGAGGGAUACGGACGAUGUGUGGAACUGUGUUGCUGCGGGACUUGGCACCGGUGCGCUUUAUCGUGCAGCAAGAGGGGUGAGAUCGGCGGCAGUGGCCGGCGCUAUUGGCGGCGUCGUGGUUGGUAUGGCGGUGACGGGUAAGCAGAUGUUGAAGCGGUACGUGCCGAUAUGAUGGGGGAAAAGGAAUUUUAUAUUGCAAUUUUGAUCGAUAAACUUCGUGUUAGAAUGCAAUAGUUUUAUAUGGGAAUCUGUGAUGACAAUGCUGGGGAUUGAAUUGACUAAUAUUCACUUCAUAUUUUCUAUACGAGGUUAACUCGUGCUUCUUCAUUAGCUUCAUUUAGUGAUGUAAUUCGUCGAGUUCUCUGAUAAUGAAUAAUCCUCAAGACUUUAUACUUGUGGUAUGGGAAUGAUUCAUUCUUUCCAUGUCGUUUGAUAAUUUGGAUGUAAGUAAUGAAAUUAUUUGAGGUUUGAUCGGUUUCAAUUAGUAGUAGCUUAUUGUUUUGCUGCUUAACCAAUACAUAAUUUUCUAGUUUGAGUACAGAAGACAGAUCCAUGUUUGAUGCUUUCAUGGCUGGAGGGAGUUAGAAAGUUCUGUGAUUCCGUGCUCGAUGCUUGUCAAUCAUGGUAAAGUUUGUAGAAAAUUAGAAUGACCCUUUUGAGCUUAGGAUAUUGGAUAGUCUUAUUCAUGGUUUGAAGAAUGAAUUCAACUUUUAUUUCUUGUCUGUUCAUGCUCUAUUGAUGUUGAUGUAUGAGACUAUCUGGGGUCAUAAUGUUACCUUGCUGACCAUCCUUGAUUUAAGAAUUCCAAUCCUGCCGUAGAAUUUUUUUGUACCUUCUUGUUCUUAGCAAUUGUUUGAUCAUUGUAGUUGAAGUGGGCGAUAGGUGUUCUUACUACGAGAUCUUAAAAGGGAAUUUGGUUCGCUUUCGGAGAAGUUAGGCUUAAUGUUGAUUUUCUAUAUGGGAGAGAAAAAACGAGGAAGGUUGAUCUGAAGCAUGUUAGUUAUAAAUGUGUAACAGCUCAAGCCCACCGUUAGCAGAUAUUGUUCGCUUUGGCUUGUUAUGUAUUGCCGUUAGCAUCACAGUUUUAAAAUGUGUCUACUAGGGAGAGGUUUUCACACCCUUAUAAGGAACUGUUCCCUUCUUCAACCGACGUGGGAUCUCACAAAAUGAAAUUGUAUCUAUUUAGGGCUUGUUCGGAAUAACUUUCUUAGUGCUUGAAAAUACUUUUUAAGCACUGAAGUUGGUCAGUUGCAAAUGAGUUGUUAUCUUUACCGUGUCUUGCUAUCUUGAUAAAUGGCCGUUCCGAAUUGAUACUGCACGAUGAUUGAACUGAGAAAAUUGAAAAAUAGGAUAGAUAUGCUCUAAAUUUCUCUAUGCACUACCCUUGAUUGUUAUUUGAGAGAAGGUUGUUACUUGGGACAAUGGAACAAAUCUGGGAGCCUCGAUCUACAUCGGUUCUAGAUCCUCAACGUCCUUCGAAUGCUUUCAGCCAAUGGAGCGCCACAUGCUAAAGCAGCAGAGCUUCAGUUACACAGGCAUUAAAACAACUGACAGGUCCUCCCAUAUUUUUGGCACAUUCUUUGGCUUUUGCAUCAGCUGCUUGGCUUCAUCAACCUGCAAAAUUUAUCAGAGUAAGCUAGAACAUUCCUCUCCUAAGACAGUAUCUAAUGCAAGACAAGACCUGUCGGUAAGCUAAGGCUACGACAUGAAGGAAGGCGACUCAGUCCAUUUGAAUUUUGUUUCGCCUACGCCCUCCUGUGCACACGCCUUAGGUGGGGCCGAUCCCGUGACUAAGAUAGUUGCGCCAGAGGUCGCGCAGCAGCUUCCCGAGGAGCCUCUUGCGGAUCAUCAGGUCUGCUCGAUUGGGCUCAACCUCAGUCUUGAGUGAAGCUAUGUUUCAACCUGAUGAUAGGUAAUGACUUCUCGUCUCUUCAUAAAGCUUCAAUAAAAUCAAUCUUAAAAGCAUUUCCUUUCCAUUGAUUCUUCUGCUCUUCAAAUCAAUCUUAGAAGACUGCAGCAUUUAGAAGAUGGUUUAAAGAAAAAAACGGUGAUAUUUUUGUA